AUUUCAGUAAGUUUUAAAACCUUCCCUGGUUUUUAACCGUUUUUUCUUCUCUCUCAAAAAAAAAAAAAAUUCGGGAUAUUUUUGUCUUUUUAAAAUUAGAUUUGUUCGUGAACAAAAUUUCUUAUUUUGGUGGUUUGUUCAUUUUGAAAUGAUUUCAUUUAUAAAAUGUUUGUUUACUCCGUUUUACUCUUAUCACAUAACCUUAAUCUUUGACAAUUUAUAUAUUAAACCGCGAUAAGAUGUUUUUAUUAUAAAAAAUAAGAUUACAAAAUUAAACGUAAUAAUCAAAAUUGAAAGUAUAAAAUGUUCCAAAGAUUUCUUGGUGGUAAUUUAAAGAAAAUUUCACAAAACUGUUUCUCGUGUCAUCUGUUAAGAUUACAAAAUUCCGAUUUAGAUUCAAUCAAAACGAGGAAAAUGUCAACUUUUUUUGAGAGGAAAACACAAUUACGGGAAGUUUUUAACGCUGGAAUAAAAGCAGUUUUGCCGCAGAAUCUAAUAAAGAGUAAUGUUACGAUUGUUGAGGACUGCUUGCAAAUUGGCAAUGAAAAAUUUACUCUGACAGAAAAUAUUUAUUUAAUUGGUUUUGGAAAAGCUGUCAUGGGAAUGGCAAUUGCCCUUGAAAGUUUACUCGGCGAUCGUUUGAAGAAAGGAAUUGUCAGUAUUCCAACAGGUUCGAAAAAUGAUAUUUGGAAGGAGGAAAAUUUGACGAAUUUUCCAAAAUUGUCAGGUGUUAUUGAAUAUCGUGAAGGUGCUUUACACAAUCAACCUGAUAAAAAUUCUUUAGAAACAACGCACGAUAUUUUGGAUUUAGUCGAAGGAUUGAAUGAAAAUGAUACGCUUAUUGUUCUCAUCUCCGGAGGAGGAUCAGCUCUUCUGUUCAUGCCACGGCCCUUAAUUUCCGCCGAGGAGAAGCAGGAAUUUUGUAAAAAUCUCCAAAAUUCCGGCGCCAAUAUAAUGGAAUUAAAUACAGUGAGAAAAAAAUUGUCAAUGGUAAAAGGAGGUGGUUUAGCAAAAAUUGCAUAUCCAGCUACGAUAAUAAGUCUUAUAAUAUCUGAUAUAGUAUCAGAUCCAAUUGAUUUAAUCGCAAGUGGUCCAACUGUUUUCAAAGCGAAACCUCCGAAAGAAGUUUUGGAAAUUGUGAAGAAAUACGAUCUCUUGAAGGACGUCGAGGGCGGUUUAAAAGCUCUCCUAAAUUCUAAGGAAUCAAAGGAAAAAAAAGAGUUUCUCAACAAAAAAAGCAAUUUAAACACGUACACAAUGUUAUUAUUGGAAACAAUUUAAUUGCCAUGAAUGCAGCCAGAGAGGCAAGUUUGAGAAAAAAUCUCCAGUCGAUUAUUCUACGCAACGAUGUUCAGGGUGACGUUCAACUUGUGAGUAACGCUUACACGCAAUUUACAUUCCUCGUUUGUC